AUGAACACCAUGAGCUGCGAGGGUGACAUGAGGUCUCUUUUGAUGGCCCUUACAGUCAACCCGGCCGAGCGGAGGAGAACACAAAACCGACUGGCAAAGCGAAAGUCCCCCCAGCCCAGUCCAGCACAUGCCACAGCACAUGCCAGAGCACAUGCCACAACAUCAUCAGUUAUCAUCCAUCCAAUAGAGAAGAAACGUUUAGAAACCAACAAGUCGAGUUAUUCUAGGAGCCAAGGGAAAGAGUGCCGCAGCAGCCGCUUCAGCAACGAGCCAUGUCGCGUCAUCAUCCACAGCAACAUCAGCAACAACGACGAGGAGGUCAAGAAGCGCUUCUUCUUCACCCCCAACGGUCACAGCAAGUCACUUGCCGAUCCGUUCGGUUCACUUCAGACCCCGCCGCAUGAGUCGACCCAAGACUUUGGGCAGGCAGCAGUAAUUUUCCCUGCUUCGGAAAUGGGAGUGUCUGGAGAAGCUGCUCCACGGACGCUGCAACGAAACGCCGUCACUGAUGACCUUGACGCGAGCUCAUAUUCGGCUGGAAUCCCCCACAACUUGAACACUGUCGAAUUCAUCGAGCCGUGGACAUUAGACGCCAGCAUGACACUCAUGACACCGAACAGCAGACACGAAGACAUGUCAGACCUUUCAACAGAAGAUAUCCUCACAUUAGGGUUUGCGAGACCAACUCAAGGAAGCCCUUUGCACAUUGCAGCAACACACGGCCACAUCAAUGUGGCUAAAACGCUGAUCCUCCACGGUUCGGAUGUCAAUGCCGCGGAUAAAGCUGGGCUGGCCCCAAUUCACUACGCGACGCAAAACAACCAAGGUCCCAUGGUGACCAUGCUUGCGGAGCAUGGAGCUGACGUCGACUUCUUGGACCCGGACGGUUGCACGCCUCUCUACAGAGCGGCAGAAAGUGGGAACAAAGCAAUGGUUGAGCGUUUACUGCGACAUGGAGCGAAGCUGAGCUAG